GGGCCCUUGUAUCACAAACACAAAUCAGAGUAAUCGGAUUUGCGGCAGCCAAGCAGAGAAUUGUACUUCACACCGAAUUCCGCCACUACUCUCCAAAGCACUGCCGUUUGCUUCACAGUUGAAAACUAAGGUAUUAGGGUUUUAUCAGUGAAGUAGAACAAGAGGGUUUAUCAAUGGCAAAGAGAAAGGAAAGGAUUCAGAAUCCCGAACCAUUCGUUCCAGAUGGCACCGAGUAUGCGAAAUCGAAGAUAAGUUCCAAAGCUCCUAAAAAGCACCAAAAGGAAGGUGACCUAAUUGAUUCUCAUAUUAGUUCCAAGAUUAUGAAGGAAGCUUUGAUUCAACUCAAAGAGGUCGAAGAAGAAGAAGAUGCUAAGGAGCAAAAUAAUACUAAAUCUUCAUUCAAUCGUCUCGAAGAGCUUCCCAAGGUUGUAGAAGAGAAUGAUGAUGAUAUUGAUGACUUUGCUGGCUUCUCUGAAAAUCAAAGCCAAUUUGCUGAAGUUGAAGAUAUUAAUGAAGACGACGAGAAACUAUUGGAAGCAUUCUUAUCCAAGGACUUGGGUGGCCACAAAACACUUGCAGACAUCAUUGUUAAAAGAAUAAAAGAAAAUGACGUUUCUGUUGCUUCAGAAAAUCGACCAGUGCCUAAAUUGGAUAACUCGAUAAUUGACAUAUACAAGGGGGUUGCAACUCUUCUUAGCAGAUAUACAGUAGGCAAAAUCCCCAAGGCAUUUAAACACAUCCCCUCAAUGCAACAUUGGGAGGAGGUCUUAUAUGUUACUGAACCUGAAAAAUGGUCUCCAAAUGCUUUGUAUCAAGCCACUAGGAUUUUUGCUUCUAAUUUUGGUGCGAAAAAGGCAGAGCGCUUCUACAAGCUUGUGUUGCUUCCAAGAGUGAGAGAAGAUAUAAGAAAGAACAAAAAACUGCAUUUUGCUUUAUAUCAAACACUGAAAAAGGCUUUGUACAAACCAGCUGCUUUCUUUAAAGGAAUACUGUUUCCACUAUGCGAGUCGCGCACAUGCACUCUCAGGGAAGCGGUCAUUGUUGGAAGCAUUAUAGAAAAAUUUUCCAUUCCUCCACUUCAUUCAAGUGUUGCACUAUUGAAGCUUGCGGGGAUGGAUUAUUGCGGCACUACAAGCUAUUUCAUAAAGCUUUUUCUGGAGAAGAAAUAUGCUUUGCCGUAUCGUGUGGUUGAUGCAGUUCUUGCUCAUUUCAUGAGAUUUGUCAAUGAAACUAGGAUGAUGCCUGUUAUAUGGCACCAAUCACUUCUUGCAUUUGUGCAGAGGUACAAAAAUGAACUACAGAAGGAAGAUAAGGAUAAUUUAAUGUCUCUUCUGGAAAAGCAAAAUCAUAAAUUAGUUACACCUGAAAUUAGUAGAGAGCUAAACAACAGCCGUAAUCGAGGUGAAAAGGAGGAUGAUCUCAUGUCAAUACCUAUAAUAAACAGGACUAUUGAAGAAGAUAGGUUUGACAUUCCAGAAGUACCAAUGGAGUUGGACUGAUUUAUUGUGGCUUUAACUUCGGUUUUCCCAUUGGAGAAACUGUACAUGCCCUCAUCUUCAUGCUGAAGUAUAGUCAGACAGUCUCCGCAAUUUUGUACUCUUCAUAUGACAUUGGACUUUCAUGCUAUGUUAUUUUUUUUCUUUCGAAUUUUCGACAACUGCAUCUUUGCUGCUGUUUCUUUUCCGAAUAUUCUUACCAUCGGGGUAGUUUAAUGUAAUCUAAAUUUAUUUUUUUACCAAUGUAAUCUAAAUUAUUAGAAUACAUCCACAGUAUGAUAUAUUAUUCUUCUACUGUUUUUGGUGUGGAUUAAAUCUGAGGGUAAAUUUAUUUUAGGGUUGUUGGACAUCUAUUAUUACUAAAGCUCAUUAUGUUUCUUAUUUGAUUACA